CCCAACCGGGUCGAUGCAUCGUGGCGUACACGCAGUGUUGAAAGUCUUGUGCCGUCAGGCAAGUCCCAAAUUUUUGCCUGUCAAACAGUCCAUAAAGCCCAGAUUCUUCUCAAUGGAGAGCCCACAGCAAAGCCCGAGGACGUCCUACGAUAUCGUGGAAAGUGGAUCGCUUUAUUCAUCGGAUUACAAGCUCUAUUUUAAGGGCCCACACGGUGCAAUUUCUCCUUUCCAUGAUAUCCCACUCUACGCCAAUGCAGAAAAAAAUGAAUUUAAUAUGAUAGUCGAAGUGCCACGAUGGACAAAUGCAAAAAUGGAGAUUUCUACAUCAACAAUCUUGAACCCAAUCAAACAAGAUAUAAAAAAUGGUAAACCGCGAUUUGUAAAUAAUGUUUUCCCCCACCAUGGCUACAUAUGGAAUUAUGGAGCCCUUCCACAGACGUGGGAAGACCCUACCCAUACAGAUGCCAGCACGGGAGCUAAAGGAGACAAUGAUCCAUUAGAUGUUUGUGAAAUAGGUUAUAAGGUGCAUAAAAGAGGGGCAGUCAUCCGGGUAAAGGUUCUUGGAACAUUAGCAUUGAUUGAUGAAGGUGAAACAGAUUGGAAGUUAAUAGUUAUUGAUGUGACAGACCCUCUUGCCGCUGAAUUAGAAGAUAUUGAGGAUGUUGAGGUGAAAAUGCCAGGUUUUAUCAAAGCAACGCAUGAGUGGUUUAAAAUUUACAAGAUGCCAACAGGAAAGCCACCAAAUGAGUUCGCCUUCAAUGGAGAAGCUAAAAAUAGGGCAUUUGCUGAGAGAGUAAUAACUGAGACUCAUGAAUAUUGGCAGAAGUUAAUGUCAAAUCAAUCUGAACAUAAGGGAGAUCUGGCAUGUGAGAAUGUAUCUGUAGUUGGCUCUGAUUAUACAAUCCCACAUGAAGAAGCCGAUGCAAUAGUUUCAGGGGCUGAUGCAAGUGCGGAACCAUCUCCCAUUCCUGACACAGUGGAUAAAUGGUUUUACGUCGAACUGAAGGAUGAGAAAUAGAUUGGAACACUCUUUCCCUCCAAUAACUGAUGAAUGCUCAUAUCAGAGUUAAGAAAAAAACAAUGGUGAAAGUUUUAACUGAGUGCUGAUAUAUUGGUAUUGUGCGUCAGAAGUCACCAUACGUCACCCUUCUAUACCACGCUUGUCAUUCUUAAUGUUUCAGUAAGGAAGCUUUGACGAAGGAGUCUUCUGACGCACAAUACCAUAUAUAUCGGCGCGGCUGAACUGAUGCAUUCCACCACAAGAGAUACAGCUCAGAAAUCCCAGGGUCCCUGCAUAAGGGUCCUUGCUGGUCAAUUCAGAAGAAAAUUCUAUUAUCUGGUUCCACUAUUUCAUGUAGACUACAAUAACAAGGUUGUGCCUGGAAUCGACAACAUUGCUAACUUCAGCAGGAACCCUGGAUAUUCUGAUCUAGACCUACUCCGGUACUAAUGUAUGUUUGUUAAAGUACAUGUAUUAAAUUUGUUACAAUUCAAUUACAAUUGUUAGUUGAUUAGAAAUUCAGUUGCAAAUUACACUACCCGGUAGUUCAGUGCGUUUGAUGAUCCAGCCCCUUGAUCAAUCGGCUCAUUCCUUGUUAGAUUUUAGGAGAAUCUGUUGUUUAAGGGAAGGAAUAGAAUUAGAAUAGACAAGUCCUAGUAGUUGAUUAUACUUCCUGAGUUAGAUAUUUCUAGAAGAGGCUGCAAUUCAUAAAAUGUGAAUGAUGUCAAAACGGAAAGGUGCAAAACAACCUUUGAUCGUGAUAUCGAAUGAACUAAAGACAAUAAAAAAUGAUACAAAAAUUGUGUUGUAAUCAUAUUUCAAUUGUUUACUUGUGAAAUUCUAAUAUCAAAACCACUGUAACGUGUAUCACAUCUUAUGACAAAGUCAAAUUCUCUCAGUCGUCAGUUUGUUGCAUUUCAAAAAUAUAUUUUUCUAAAAUGUUUUCGACCCAGUGCAAAAGGUAUGCGGGUAUGAACCAUGAUCUGUGUAGUGGAAUAUAUUUUCCAUCUGUCAUCUUAAGUUAUUAAAGAUGUGAACAUUUUGAUUUUUUAACUGGUACACCUCUUGCUGAAAAAAGGAAGUUUGACUUGGGUGUCACUAAUGUCAUCAAUACACCAAAUGUGUCACACCGAUAGAUUGAGUCAAGCUACAUAGUGGUAGAGUCUGGAAACUGAUGCUUAUCUUAUUAAUUUGUUAUACAUAUCUUGUCCGACAAUGUAAUUGUUCUAACUUAUGUAGUCUUCAGGAAUAUAGCACUGAGAACCUAGUAGGUACGAGUAGGCCUAGUAUGAAGAAAUGUACAGGAUCAGAAUGUGCGGUGGAUCUACUUUAAUUUAAUGAUGCUUCACAUCAUUUUGGCUAAUGGGUGAUAUUUUCUGUGCGAGCCUGUACUUCAGAUGUCUUUCAGGAGAUGCAUAUACAUGUACAACCAAGUUCCAUCACACUCCGGAGCUUUCAGGGACUCGUGUUGUGAUUUAAAGUUAGAUGUGUAGUCUUCAAUCAGUCGUGGCAUCACGGCUCUUUAUAUACACUCCUCCUUGCUGUAACAUGUGGUUCUAGGAUUGUACUGCUUGGGUUUAGUCUGGGGGUUACAAAUUAGUUCUGCAAGUAUUGUUAACACUUUCUGUGCUGAGGGGAGGCUGUUUUUAAAAAUGUCAAGAUGCAUGUACUCUCAUCUUGAUUCCUUCCAGUACAAAUUCGAGGUACGAGAUCCAGAGCUACCAUGUUGUGCAUCAUUUCCAUUUUGGACAUUCGUUAUCUUGAUAGAAUCUUUGCAGAUACGUUAACUGACAAUUUUAUUUAGAAGCAUAAAUA